GCCGCUCAGCUGCUCAAAAGCUCUCAUGCGCCUCAUCUGUGACAAGAAAAACUUUAUUCCAAAAGAUAGAAGAUAAUAAUUAUUGGAAAUCAAAACAAACUACAGCUGUCAACGGAUUGAAUUUUGGCUUGUCUUCCUAUUUUUGCACAAGGCAAUAAAAAUGUCCGGAAUAAUCAACUGCGCCCGGUUCGGACGCCUCGGACUUACCCUGCGGAACGAUUCGUUCGUCCUCACACACCUCGUCCGAUACUCCUGUCUGCCAAAUUCAAGCAAAGUCCUGCUCUUCAAAAAAAGCAACAACAUUCACACCUCUUGCUGUAACACCGGCGCCCUUUUGCAAAAACAGAAAGCGCUGUCCGAGCAUUUGGACAGCGGCGACAAUGUCCCUUCCAUGUCGGUCAAAGAGAAAGUCAAGGAAACGACAAAAACCGUGGGCUACUCGGGCAUCGUCCUUGGAGGGCUGGGAGUGACGGCGAUUAUUUUGUACUACGUCUUCCGAGAACUUUUCUCCAGCGACAGUCCAAACAGCGUUUACACCGCCGCCCUGGAGAGGUGCAUCAAAAACCCAAAGGUGGCCGACCUUCUAGGAGAGCCGAUCAAAGGCUUCGGAGAGGAGACGAGAAGAGGUCGAAGAACGCAUGUUAGCCACUUGUUGUACGAGAAGGAUGGUGUAAAUUAUCUCAGGAUGAAAUUCUACCUUAAAGGUUCAAGAAAUCAAGCCACAGUCAAUUUAGAAAUGGUCGAAAACAAGCAAACGGGCCACUUUGACUACCGAUACUUAUUUGUCCAAACAGAGGAUUUGGCGCGGAGAGUUGUCAUUUUGGAAGACAACCGAGCCAGCACUGAACCAAACUCGGCCCCGUCAACUGAUCUCGGCUCCCUUCCUGCCCCACUGUUUCCGAUAGAAAACUUGAAAUAAAUAAUUAUCCCACCAAAUGUACACACAAUAAAUCAAAUUUAAUAAUUUUAAGA